AUGUCCGUCAUUAUACGUUUGGAAAAUUUACCAUGGGAGGCACGUUCAAUUGACAUUCGUCGUUUUUUUCAAGGACUUCAAAUUCCUGAUGGUGGAGUGCAUAUUGUGGGUGGUGAUCGAGGUGAUGCAUUUAUUGCCUUUCAUUCUGAUGAUGAUGCUCGUCAAGCAAUGCAAAAAAAUGGUGGUUUAAUUAGUAAUCAACCAGUUAAAUUAUUCUUAAGUUCAAAAAUUGAAAUGCAACAUGUUAUAGCAGCUGCACGAGGUAAACCAUCAGCACCAUCAAAUCCUGUAACAAAUUCAAAUCAACCGACACAACAAACAAAUAUUCCUCAACAGAAACGUACAGAUCCAUUAUCUCAACAAUAUACUCAUGAUAUUGAUGAAAAUCAACAUCAACAACAAACACAAACAUCUACAACACAAUCAAAUGUUACAAAUGAUCCAAUGUCAUCAUUUCUUGAUGUUGUAACUAAAAUGCAACAACAGCAGCAGCAACAACAAAAACCAAAUACUGCAGCAACAACUUUACCUACUACUACAUCUGUUUUGCCAACACCACCGACAGCAACACCAGCUGCAACUGGCCUUGCACCAGCUAAUCUUGUUCUUCAAUUAUUGCAAUCAAAUUUAAGCAAUUUACCGCCUAAUGUUCUUGCUCAAGUUCAAGGGCAACUUGCUGGUCAAGGUUUAGCUUCUCAGCCAAAUCAAGUUCUUCAGCAAUUAGCUGCACUUCAAGCUGCAACACAACAACAAGCUUCACCCAUGCAAACAAAUUCUAGUCAUUCACCUAUCUAUAAUCCUACACAAAGUGCUUCAACUAAUCCUUCUGUUGGUCAUCAUAAUCUUCAACAAUCAUCAAUUCAUGAUACAAAUCAAACAACAAAUAACAAUGCAUUUCCUCAAGGAGCUCCUCCACCUCUAAAUCUAUUUCCACCUGGUACAAUUCCACCAAAUGCAUUAACAGCUCUUCUAAAUGCUCAACAACAACAACAGCAACAACAACAAUUACCAUUUCAAUCUGUUGCUAAUCAAUUACCAGCAAAUUUUCCACUUCCACCAUGGAUGCAAUCAGCUGCUGGUCAAACUCCAUCAUUUAAUUUACAACAGCAACCUCAGCAGCAGCAACAACAACAACGUUCAUUAUUGAAUCAUCCUCUUAUACAAGAUGAUCAACAAAUGCGUUUAAGACAACAUGAUUUUAAUUCAAAUAUAACAAAUCAAUUUCAACAAUCAUAUUCAACUGGUAAUUCACGUUUACCACAACAACAACAACAGCAGCAGCAAUUACGAUCAAAACUUCGUGAACCAUAUUUACGUGUUAAAAAUUUAUCAAGAAAAUAUUCAUAUCGUGAUGUUAAACUUUUAUUUGCUGAUUAUAAAUUACGUUUAGAAGAUAUCAAAAUGAUUAAUGAUCAGAAUGGUGAACGAACAGGUGAAUCUGUUGUUCAAUUUCGUUCAAUUGAAGAUGCAGAUGAAGCAUUGCUACAAUUUAAUAAUGUUUAUUAUGGUGGAGCUAAUGUACAAAUUGUACCUGCUAGUGAAUAUGAAUUUGCAUCAGCACUUGAUUCAUUUAUUCCCGGAUCAGUUAAAAAACGACAACCAGAAGGAGGUUAUUGUGUUAAAGUUAUUGGUUUACCAAAGAAUUGGUAUAAACGAGAUAUACGUCGUUUAUUUACAGCAUCUGAAAUUGUUUCCGAACGAGGAAUUUAUUUAGAUAAUGAAAAUGAUAAUAAUAAUCAAGGUGGUACAGCUUAUAUUGAAUUUGUUAGUGAAGUUGAUCUUGAAAAAGCAUUAUUUUAUCAUGAUGAACAUUAUGGUUCAUCACGAUUGGAAAUUCAACCGAUAACAAAAAAAGAAAUGGAAUCAGAAAUUGCAUCACUUCGUUCAAAAGAUAAUCGUCGAAGAGAUUAUUAUGAUGGAGAUUCAAGACCAAGACCACGAUCACGAUCACGUUCACGAUCACGUUCACCAAAAGAACGAGAUACACGUCGGUAUCCACCACGUGAUGAAACCAAUGGUGAUAAUACUGGAGGAGGAGGUGGUUCAUAUCUUCGACGACCACGUCAUAAUGAAGAAUUACCACCAACAAUAACAUGUCUUCGUUUACGUAAUAUCCCAUAUGCAACACGUGAUCAUGAUGUAAAAACAUUUUUUACUGGAAUUGAAGUAGCACAAGAUGGUAUUUUAUUUAAAUAUGAUAAAACAGGUCGACCAGCAGGUGAAUGUUAUGUACGUUUUGGUUCAAGUAAUGAUUGUCGAAAAGCUUAUGAAAAGAAUCGUUCACAAUUUGGUGGACGAAUAUUAGAAUUACGACCAUUAUCAUUAUGGGAAUUUCAAGCAGCUACAUCACAAGAACCUGAUGAAACAGGUGCAACUUUUUCAGCAAAUGGUGGUUUAGGUAGACGAGAACAAUUUGGCAACAACGGCGGCGGCGGUGGUGGUGGUGGUGGUGGACAAAUGUAUCAUGGAGGACCUAUGAGUGAAAAAAGAAAAUUUCCUUAUGAACGUAUGGAUGAUAAUGGAAAUAAUGAUGAUAAAUCACCAUCUGAUCCACAACGUUUUGAUAGAAGAAAAGGAGAUUCAUCAAGUCCACGCGGUGGUGGUGGUGAUGGUGAUAAAUCACCAUCGAAUAUGAUUGGAGGUGGUUCAAUGGAUGAUCAAAAUGGACGUAAAAUGAUGAGAGGAGGUGGUAAUAAUAAUAAUUCAUCAUUUAUACAAAAACAAUUAACACAAUUACCACCUGGUUAUGAUCAAUAUCGUGGACAAGUUUUAUUAAUGUCAAAUGUUCAUUUUCGUGCAACACGAGAAGAAAUUUUACAUUUCUUACAUUCAUUUCAUCCAAUUGAAGAUACAUUAAAAAUACAUCGAGAUAGUUCUGGUCGACCAACAGGACAUGCCGUUGUGGCUUUAACCAAUGCUGAUGAUGUACCACAAGCACUUAAAGAACUUCAUAAUUCAUUAUUUCUUCUAAGAAAAAUAUCCGUUUGUGUUGUUUGA